GGUGUCAAAUUACUAAUUAAAAAGUUGCCAAAUUUCGCCACAAUAAAGUCGUUUGUAUUUCCCAAAAGAAAAAUAUAUAGAGAAAGAAAGGGUUUGGUAGAAUUAUUUGAAUUUGUAGUCGACCGUUUGCGUGUACCUCCAAUGCUCUGAGUUUGGGAAAAUUUCUCAAGAAUCUUGGAGUUUGUCGCUUAAUCAAUUAACCCAAUCAAGAAACAAAAUAUACAAUGGAACCCUAAGUUUUGAUGAUAAUUUGUGGCAGACGGAGGAGGAGGAGGGAUGGAGGACAUUACUACUGAUAUAACCCCACAUGUUCAUGGGAGGAGGACCACCGGCCCUGCAAGGCGUUCCACAAAGGGCCAAUGGACACCACAAGAGGAUGAUCAGCUCUGUAAAGCUGUUGAGCGCUUCAAAGCCAAAAACUGGAAAAAGAUCGCUGAAUGUUUCAAGGACCGAACUGAUGUUCAGUGCUUGCAUCGAUGGCAGAAAGUCCUGAAUCCACAACUUGUAAAAGGCCCUUGGACAAAAGAGGAAGAUGAAGAACUAAUUCAACUAGUACAACAACUUGGACCCCAAAAAUGGUCAACCAUUGCACAACGUUUACCUGGCCGCAUUGGUAAGCAAUGUCGUGAGAGGUGGCAUAACCAUCUUAAUCCUGCAAUUAAUAAGGAGGCUUGGACUGAGGAAGAGGAAUUGAUGUUGAUACAGGCUCAUAAAGUUUAUGGAAAUAAAUGGGCAGAGCUCUCUAAAUUCUUUCCUGGCAGGACUGACAAUGCAGUAAAAAAUCACUGGCAUAGUUCAGUUAAAAAGAAAGUGGGCGCAUCAGGCCUGCUUUCGCACUCCCAAACUUCAUCAACGACACAACAACAGUGUGCUGCUGCUGCUGCUGAGGAAACCUCAACUUUUGUGAGAUGUUCAGUGGUUAAAGAUGAAGAAGACCAACCUCCUGCACCUUGUGAUUCAUCAUCUAACAAUUUUAUAGACCAGAAUAAUGAAUGUUCAGAUAAGGGUCAAGGGAAUGAUUUCAGCAGGGAAUCAGAGUUCAUCGACCGUAUUGAUCAAGACCAUGAAGCAGUGUCGUUAAAUGCGGUUGGUUUUGAUGGGGCAUUUAAUCAAGUGAACGACGACACUUCUCAAUCAUACUAUCAUCCAUUUGAAAGUGAACCCAAGCAGGAACAGGAUGUUAGUUUCAACAAUGAUGCCGUUGAUGGAAACCUACAUCAGCAGCAGCAGGGGGAGGGGGGUGGUCUGUCUUAUGUGCCACCUCGUUUGGACAUACCACCGUUCUUGAGCUGUGAUUUAAUAGAGACAUGUAACACCGAUUAUAGUCCUCUUGGUAUUCGUCAGCUGAUGAUGAACAACUACUGUCCAUGGGACCUGCUGCUCUCACCUUCUUCACCCACUCCACAGCCCGUCUUUACAUCCACUCAAUCUAUUUUCAACAAGAGACACCGUGAUUUGCUGUCACCUUCUGACAACCCAUCUCAAAAGAAGCAACCCCUCUUUCAAGAUAAAGAAAAUUUCAACCCCGCUGCUGCUGCUGCUCAUGAAAUGCUUCAAAACAAACCACUUGUGGAACAAGAAGAUCCUUUUUCUUCUCCUGAUAACGUGGCAAUGAAAUCUGAUACACCAGCUGAUGCAACAGCAUCUGAGAACCCGUGUGUCACUCCACAUAACAAUAAUAGUAAUAAUGCUGCUUAUCUUUUAGUCAAAGCUGGAAGUAGUCAUUUAGCACCUCUGGAAAUUACUGUUGAUAAUCCUGCAUUGGGAAUGUUUGGGGAAGAAUCACCCUCUGCAUGGAACUCCCCUUGGUCCUCUUUUCUGCCUGGUCCAAGGCUUGAUACAGACAUAACAAUUGAGGAUAUCGGUUACUUUACUAGUCCAGGUGAAAUAAGCUAUGAUGCUCUUGGGCUAAUGAAACAAUUAAGUGAACAUACUGCGUCAGCAUAUGCCAAUGCUCGCGAGGUUUUAGGAGAUGAGACUCCUGAUUCCGUACUUAAAAGAAGAUUCACCGAAAAAGAGCGAGAAUUAAACACCUUGAGUGAGAGACGCAUGUUGGACUUUAGUGAAUGUGGGAGUCCUAGGAAGGACAUUACUUUCUCAAGCCCAUCUUCCUACUUGUUGAAAGGUUUCAGGUAGAUUAUGCUGUGAGAUUGUUAUACAUUUCGCCUAUCUGUUUCUGCUUGUUAACAUAUGGAUUUAAUUUCUUUACAUUUACCCCCCACUCAUUUCUUAUUAUCAAAAUUCAUAUAUGGUUGUUUGUAAUGCAUGUAUUCCAUCUCUUUGAAGUUUCGAAUAUGAAAUGCAAUGCAAUGCAUCCUAGUAUGACAAUCAUAAA